AUGGCAAUCGAAAAGCAACGUCUACAAUUGAAAUCUGCUCUAAGUUUCCUGUUAUAUUUCACUAUUAUCUUUGGCGUUGUACCCUUUUCAGGAGUGGCAUACUAUAAGCAUAAGAUACUAAAACUAUCAAUUUUCGGUAACAUUUAUGCGCUAGUGAACGUUGCUCACAAUGUUCUUGAGCACCAUUUGUCCUCGACGAGAUUUAUACUAAGUGAUAAACAGGAAACUGGCACAUUGACCAACAUCAUCGGUUUGGUUAUUAUGUAUUUGGAGCCCGUAAUGUAUUCGAUUGAUGUCAUCGGACUCUUGUUCAAUCAGAAGAAGAUAAUCGCUUGCAUCGAUCAAAUGCACAAAAUCGAUGAAAAACUGUUGAAAGAAAACAUUGAAUUCGACUACUUCCGACUGAAACGUGUGACAAUCAUUUUGGUAGCGGUCAUAACGAUACUGGAGUUUAGUCUCGUUACGUAUAACUUAUUGCUGUUCCAAGAGUUCCGACUAGACUCGUUGUAUUGGAUCUGCACGGGUAUUCCCAUUUUUCUGAGCACCAUAUCGAAGGUGUGGUACGUCGCUCUGGUGUACAAUGUAAAGCAAAAGUUCGCGGCAAUCAACGACCACUUCGAAAAUACGAGAAAAUUUUUCGACCUUUCCAAGAAGGAAAAAGUUAUCGCUUCGCUGUUGAAAUCGACGAAUGAACGUGAUGACGACGAUAAUGACCUGCCGGGUUAUUUACAUAAAGAAAUAUUGGCCAGACCAAUGAAAAGGAAUCGCAAAAUUCACCGAGUAGACGAAAUAAGCAUAUCAGGACGUGUCGAAAAUGACUUAACAGGAAAUCCAAUUAUCAGAAUGACGAAUCAGUUUCAAAUUGACGAUAAAAUGGAUAAGAAAUUAACGAAUUUGUGUCAGCUGCAUGACGAGAUCUGUGAAAUUGGUAAAACUAUCAACUCAAUGUUCAGUUUUCAAAUGUUAAUUUUGAUGGCAAAUGGUUUUAUGAAUCUGACGGCCCAAUUCUUUUUCGUUUAUUGUGGCCGAGUGGACCAAAAUAUUCCGGUUUUAUUCCGAUCGGCCGAGAGUCUACUAAUUUCCAUCAUUUUCAUUGUAUACACGGCCUCGAAAUGUGUCUUCAUCAUUUUCAUCAGCUGGAAAACUAAGAUCGAUGCACAGAAAACUGGAGUUCAAAUCCAUAAAUUGGCCAAUGCAAUUGACGAAGAUCACUGUUACCAAGUGGUCAACCACUUGUCACUGAAGCUGCUAAAUCAUUCGCUUAAUUUCACAGCUUGUGGAUUUUUUGACUUGGAUAUGACAACAUUGUAUGCUAUAACCGGAGCGAUAACCAGCUACCUGAUUAUUUUGAUUCAGUUCAAUUUGGCGUCAAAUAGGAAGAAACCAACGGGUUUUAACGAGACCAUGAGCAAUUCUACACAGACGUAGAUGGAUAUGAUGAAGUAUUGGCAGUCAGCUUAUUUUACUCAACAUAGUUUCAAUUCAAUUUGUUUCCCUUUUCGAUCGAGUUUCCUCAGUAGUAAAUUUGAUUUUAAAUGAUUUUGAAGUACUAGAUUAGAUAAGAGUUUGGGAGGCUGCAAGAGAAGUGGA